AUGGUUUUCUUUAAAAAGAGUAGUAAACAGGAGGAGACUGCUCCGAGUGUGUUUUUAGGUGAGUAUAAUAUGGAAGGACUCCCAUUCCACCAUUAUGCUGAUGCAAACGAUUUGAGUUUGACCAACGGCAACAUAAUAAAGGACUUGCACAGAGCCAUCAUAUUGAAACCCAUAACGCGGGAAAAGAUUGUGGAGGUGAUGAAGGAGGAGGUAGAGGAGAAGGUUGUUUACGUCCCCCGUGUGCAGGUCGUCGACAGAUACGUAGAAGUCAUCAAGCCAGUGAUCAAGUACAAGGUGAAGGAAGUAAAACGCCCCGUCACCGUGGAGAAGAUCAAGAAGGUGGCCAAGAUCAUCGAGGAGGAGAAGAUCGUGGAAGUGCCGGAGAUCCAGUACGUCGAAAAGUACGUGGACGUUCCCACGAUUGUCAAGAAGGAGAAGAUCAUUGAGAUCCCAAUUCCCAUGGUGUGUGAAAGGAGAAUUCCAGUUUUAAACAUAAACAAGAAGGAACGACUCCAGGAGCUUGAUUCAGUCGAGUUCAGGUCUCUCAACCACGGAAGCUCACUCUUCGGCAGCUCUUCCAUCGACGAGGAGAGUUCAGUCCACACCAGUGCCUACAGCGUCGAGCGCACCGAGCAAUGCGUCUCCGACGACAAAAGCGUUGUUCUCGAUGUUUCCGAAGGCCAAGAACUGAUUAGGUACUCCGAAGUCAGUGUUCAAACUCAGACGGUCGACGAUCACCAAAAGUCCGAUAAGCUGACGCUCAUGGAAGUAUACACCGAGUUCAAGCAGAAAGAAUCCGCACGCGACAACUCAAAGCUGCGCUAUUUUGAUUCAAAAUCAGCCAACUACAACAGCAGCGAGGGGGAAAAGCAAGUGUUGGAGGAACUGAGUGAAAUAUCCAGUUACAGGUACACGGAAAAUGAUACACAUGAACAUUUCGAAGAAAACAAGAUUGAAAUUACGUACGGAUUAAAAGAAAAAUAUCCGAGCAUCCACAAACUAUCAAUAACCGACGAAACUUGUGAUUCCAAAGAAGACCACACUGAGGAGAGCAACCUGGGCAGAUCCGAGGAGACAACCAGGCAAAAAGCCAAAGAUCAUCGAGAAGAUCAAGCUAGAAAAAGCAGAUUCGAAUCAAGAGUUCUGCUCAGUCCAGAAUUAGAAGAAAAAACAUCAAAAAAAUCAGUAGAAAAAGAAUCAACCCAAGCAACACCAACUAGCCUUAAAAUAAUAGAUAGGAUAAGAAGACUAAAAAUGGACAACAAAUAA